GGCCCCUACAAUGAAGUUGAAGCCCGAUCUACUUGAAGCUAAGCAUUGGAUAUACCCACUCAAUCAACCGAAACUUGCGCUUCCGACUGGAAUGGGUAAAACUUUUGUAGCUGGCGUUGUCAUGCUGAAUUUCUAUCGAUGGUUUCCCGAAGGCAAAGUCGUAUUUGUUGCCCCAACCAAACCCCUCGUUGCUCAGCAGAUCGAAGCUUGUCAUCGUACCUGUGGAAUUCCAGGAAAUGAUGCAGCUGAAUUAACUGGUGAAAUCCCUAGGGCAACGAGAAACCGAACGUGGAAAGCAAAGCGUGUUUUCUAUAUGACGCCUCAAACGCUCAUAAAUGACCUGACGUCUGAGAAUUGUGAUGUUCGAGAUAUCGUCCUUCUCGUUAUAGACGAGGCUCAUCGAGCCUCAGGUGGCGACUACGCUUAUAAUCAAGUUGUACGAUAUAUGAUGGCGAAAAAUCCCUAUUUUCGCGUAUUAGCCCUCACUGCCACUCCUGGGAGUACUCCGGACGCAGUUCAAAAUAUUGUCGAUGGCCUGCACAUUAGCCGCAUCGAAAUUCGGGAUGAGAAUAGUUUAGAUCUGAAGCCGUAUAUCCACGAGAAGGAAGUUAAGCAACAUAUUAUCGCGAUGUCGCCUGAUAUUGUAGUUGUGAGAGAUCGCCUUGCGAAACUCAUGGAGGAAAUUAUGGCCCCGUUAAUCAAGGGCAAUGUGAUCCGUCCUGUAAAUCCACAGCGUACACACCCAUACUACUUCACUGCGAAAAUCCAGGAUUUAAAAAGGAAUCCAUCCCAGAACUGGUCGUACGUUUCCCUAUCGAAACUGGGAUCGUUAGCGCGUUGCAUGGGCUACCUGAUUGAAGGUACCGUCAGCAUGUGCCACGAAGCUAUGCUUGGAUUGGUCAACAACCCUGUUGAAGGGCCGAGCAAUAAGGCCCAGAAAGCACUAGUUCAGAUGCCUCAGUUUAAAGACACCUUAGAGGAGUUGGAAAAACAAGCCAAAAAAGGUUUUCCUAAUCAUCCCAAGAUGGAAAAGAUGGUCGACUUGAUUAUUCAGCAUUUUGGAAAGAAGAUGGGAGAGCCUGAUGAUGAGGCUAUAGAGGAGACGAAGGCAAUGGUGUUCGUCACAAAUCGUCAAGCAGUGGAUGAAAUUGUGGCAGUUCUCGAUUCCCAUAAGCCUCUUCUCAGGGCCAGUAAGUUUAUCGGUCAAGGGACUGAUGCACGAGGACAGAAAGGACAGGCGCAAAAGGAGCAGCUGGACGUUAUCAGGAGGUUCAAAGCCAAUGAAUUCAAUGUCCUUGUCGCCACUUCAAUCGGCGAAGAAGGGUUGGAUAUUGGAGAAGUGGACCUCAUCGUCUGUUAUGACGCACAAAAGACCCCGAUCAGAAUGCUGCAACGUCUCGGUCGAACAGGUCGAAAACGUGCCGGAGUCGUGCACGUAUUGCUUUCGGAAGGUCGAGAAGAGCAGAAUCUGGAAAAGGCCAAAAUGACCUACAAGGAAGUCCAGAAAUCCAUAGUUCGGGGCGACCAGCUUGAACUAUUUGAUGACGUUGAACGGCUCAUCCCUGAGCACGUACGACCUCAAUGUGUUGAAAAACACAUGGAAAUCCAGGAAUAUGUUCGAGAAACCGGUAGAAGCAGAAGUACAGGUGCGGGAUACUCCAACAACCAGGGCGUGAAGAGGAAGAGGGACGACGACAUCAGGCGGAAUAUCCCUGAAGGAGCAAGCACAGGGUUUGUCAGCGUUUCAAAGCUUUUGGCGAAGAAGACGAAAAAGCCUAAACUAAAAUCUGCCGAAAACAUACUUCCCUCCACAAAGAGCUUUGAAGAAGCUGGGGAAGACGACAAUACAGAUAGAGAAAUCGAAGCAGGUAUUCUCGACUCCACGUUCAUACGAAAGUCUACUACCACUGCUUCACCGUCUUCCUCGAGACGGAAGGAGACAAAGACCAGGUUACGCAAGUCCAAAACAGCGCCUGUAAAAGGCGCCAAUACGAAACGCCCCCGGAAGAAGAAUGCGGCGCCAGAAUUGUCCGCUAGUCAACUUCAAGCGAAAGGGGUGGAUGACUCCGACGACAUCGACAUUGAGAGAGGGAUUGAUUUGGAUCUGCAGAAAUACCUUGCACCAGACUUGCCAUUAACGAUGGACGUUGAACGUGCCUCUUCCGAACAUGCAGCGAUGGACGAAGAUGUCACCGAUAUUGAAGAUGACACUGAUUCAGACAGUGAAAUUCCAUUAGCGACCAAAAUACAGCUUAAGGUCACCUCGAAGCGACCUUCCUCAACGAAAGGAAAGGAGAAUGUAAAGAGCAUCGCAUGGCUCGUCGAUGAUGAAGAUGAGGACAUCUCCUUCCAGAUUAUCGACUCAUCCCCAAUUGCUUCGAGAUCCAAGCCUUUCCCUAAGCCUACUCAUCAGGAGGAAGUCGAUGACUAUACAGAAUUCAUAGAAGGCAGCUCGUGUGGAGAUCGCUCUCCUGAUCGUCCGCUGUAUCACGAUGACGCCGACUCUGUCAACACCUCCGAACAGAUGGCUUCCUCUCCAUCGAGACUUCACAUGAAGACGAAUAUCAGUCGAGAUUUGGAUACUGAAAAUGACUCCCCUGCUCGUUAUGGGGAGAUGCUCCCUCCACCUGUUCCAACCAGAACUAAAGAUAUAUUUCAUAACCCUUCCUCAUCCCCAUGUUUCCCAGAACCAUCCUUUGCUAUUCGGCCGGCCGGUAUGAUUAAAAAACGAAUGUCGCCGGUAAGGGAGCUCAUGUUGAUGAGUCCACAGCUCACUGGCCGUCGCCGAAUACGUAAAAGAGGAUCGGUGGAGCGGUCGCCACUCCUACGCCCUCAAGACAAGAUUAAACACUCUCGCUCACAUCAACGCCAACCACUGCUGCCAGCGAAAAACAAUCUGUAUUAUGAUAUGGAAGCUGUACACUCAGGGGACGAAGUCAGUGUAGGAUCUUCAGACCUUGGCGAAGAUGAUGAAGCGGAUGAAGACGAUCGACAUUUCUUGGAGGAGUUGUUAGAGACUCAAGUCUCUCCUUCAUACGAUCAAAGCUUAGUCUACCGCGAAUCGCUGCUCACGCAAGCACCAACAGGUGGACCUGCUUUUGCCGGAAAUACCUUGAAGAAGGGAAGAUUUGGCAGGAGGGAGAGUGGAGUGGCAAGUAAUCAGAGGAGGGCGGGGGUUUCUAGUUCGCCGCCACCCGAUGAGGACGACUCGCCUGACGAGUACGAGCUUGGGAGUUUCGUGGUGGAUGAUGACACGGAAAUUGUGUACGACGAAUGA